UGCUUGGAAUGUGGGAAGGGUUUCAGAGACAGCUCUGACCUGCUCCGGCACCAGGUGAUCCACACAGGGGAAUGGCCCUACACCUGCUUGGAAUGUGGGAAGAGCCACAUCCACACCAGGGAGAGGCCUUACGAGUGUCCCCAGUGUGGGAAGAGGUUUCACACCAGCUCUGAUCUCUUCAAACAUGAGCGGAUUCACAUAGAGGAGAGGCCCUUCCGCUGCCCCGACUGCGGGAAGGGCUUCAAGCAAAACUCCACCCUCACUGUCCACCGGCGCAUCCACACCGGGGAGAGGCCCUGCGAGUGUCCUGAGUGUGGGAAGAGCUUCUCCCAGAGCUCUCACUUGACCCAACACCAACGGAGGCCCCAAGCCCUGGUGGUCUUUGGUCCUGAAACCAAAGUAGUAAUACACACANGGCCCUACACCUGCUUGCAAUGUGGGAAGAGCUUUGGGUGGAGCUCCAACCUGAGAAGUCACAAGCACAUCCACACCAGGGAGAGGCCCUACGAGUGUGCUGAGUGUGGGAAGAGGUUUCAGAUCAGCUCUGAUCUCCUCAAACAUGAGCGGAUUCACACAGAGGAGGGGGCCUUCCGCUGCCCCGACUGCGGGAAGGGAUUCAACCACGCUGGGGAGAGGCCCCACAAGCGUCCUGAGUGUGGGAAGAGCUUCUCCCAGAGCUCUCACUUGACCCAACACCAACGGAGGUCCCAGUAA